AUGUUGAAUCCAUUCGCAACUCCAAGUGCUGCUGCCAAAGGAAAGGCAACUGCUAUUCAUAAUGUGCAUCAGCAUGCCAAACCACGCUUUGCAAGAACAUGGAGAGAUCUGCAUGCUGCACUGGAAUCAAUAGAUUUAGCCAGUCAACAGGAGAUGGCGAAUUUCUUGGAUGCAGAAUACGAACACUACAAACUAUUGCUCGAUAUGUUUACACCACCAAACCCAGCCUCCAAAGCACAGAUACUAGCUGCUGUAGCUUCCGAUGCGACUCCCAUUAUACUAGAUGGAGCCACAGCCAAAGUCAUACAAGAAGAGGCUCAAUUCGCAUUUGGUGUGUCUGCCCUCCUCAAAUUAGACGAAAUAUCAGCCUUGGCCAUGGUCAGGUCCUACGUCCGCUCUGAAAUAGAUGGUGCACAUGGCAGUAUACGGCCUGGUGUAAAAACGAGCACCGUAAAGUAUAACGACGAGCUGAUGGAAAAAGUAGCUGAACUCUACUUUGACGAACGUCUCGAAGUGUUGGCCGUCGUAGCUGGUUUGGUUAAGGCUAGUCAAAACGAUUCACACGUGCACCAUGCAACUGCUCUGGAAACAGUUGAACGACUCGUCGAUGAUAAAAUCUUAGGUCGAGUCUUGACUCAAUUCAAGAUGAGUACCGAAGCCAAACUAUCUGAACAAGUAGAAUCAAUACCGAAACGAACGGCCAUGUGGACUAGACAGGCCCUCAAAGAGCAAAAAGGGUUGUUACAUAUACUCGUAUACUUGUUUUAUAACCCACCAGAACCGCAAGAUGCUGUCAAAACCAUUGAAGUCUUUACAGACCUUCAUUUUGGUCGUAAACAGGCCUGUAGCCAACUAUUCGAUGAUGCAGGAAGUAAGCUGCUCCAUCAAGUAUGCGAGUUAUGUGUCGUAAUAUCUAUAGAGGUCAUGGACCUGGAAGAAGUCUUGAAUUUGGGAGUCACUGGAGAAGACGUAUUUGCCGCACCACAAAACGAUACACUUAUAUCAACACCAGCAGCGCUUGUACAAAUCACCAGGCUGCUACAAAAUGCAGCUAAUCCAUUGGCUCGAGAAUCUCAAUCGAAAAUGUUUGCUAAUGAUGCUGCACCAGUCUUACUAGCUUGGGCAGCGUACGGCUUCCAUAUAGCAGAACCUAUAAAAGCAUCGGCAUCGUAUCAAACUCUUGUAGAUGUCAUGACUGCCAAACGACCCAAUGGACCCAAUGAAGACACCACUCUUGUACCCAGUAUAUUCUUCAAUAUCGCCACACACGCCAAUGCUCUUCAAUAUCUGGUUGAUUUACUGAAAGGUCCUUUGUGUCAAGAUGAAGGGUUGGAAUAUAGAUGUGUCAUUAAGGGUAUGCUGAUGUUAUUGCUGGUAGCGGUCCCAGAUUCGAUUAGGCCUCAUCUUGAAAUCAUGCUGGAAGCGAUGUCUGCGAUUGUCGCUGGUAUACCAGACCUGUGUAAACAAUUCUGGGAAGAAGACUACCGAUUCGAGGAUCGUCGUGAUAUGAUUGAUUGGCCUCGAUCACGCUUCCCGUUUACAGCUUCGCCUGUUAUCAAAUUCUUGACGGCAUUAGCUUCAUCUAAUCUCACCGCUACAUAUGUAUACCGAUAUUUUAGAACACUUCCUACAUUCACUGCAUCUGUUGAUGAUCGGGUGCUUGUAUAUGAUCCAUUCAUGACCAAUCAACGAGGUUUCAAUCAAGUCAAACUUGGUCAACCAUUACCAACAACACCUUUUGCUUCCUCCGCUCUCAAUAUAGUAAUACCAGCUGGCACGAUGGGUUAUCGUUUAUCGGUCACUUCAGAUUUACAGGUGCAAUUCCAGUAUGAAUUAUCUGGAUGGCAUUGGUGUAUCUCGGUGAUAGACUCAUAUCUCCACACACCGGAUCGUGACUUAGAUAGUGAAACGAUUGAACUAGUGCGUAGUAUUAUAGAUUUGAUGUCUGCCAUGUUUGCUGCAGGAAAUGGCGGAUCCUUGAGUGAUAAGCUUAUGGAACAUCUCUGCCAGUUUCCAGCUCAAGGACCAUCAUUGACACCAAACGAUCUAGUCACUUUUGUAUGCCGAAUAUUAUCACGAUCAUGCGUUUCAAACAAACCAUCACCAGAUCUCAUCACAUCAUCACUAAAAUGUAUAGUACAACUCUUGCCUCAUUAUCCAGACGCAGUAUGGAAUCACUUACGACAGGAUCCUUUCAUGCCACGGUAUUCAAGUGUUGGAUCCAUGCCCUCUAGCGGCUUUGUACAAGCUGUAGUACUACCGCAAGAAAAGCAGGAAGGCAAAUACUCUACAACCAUUGCCUUCUUGGAUUUAGUGUCGGAAUUAACAUCACAUUCUCGUAAACUCAACGGAAUGACGACUCGACAAGUAGAGUUGGUCACUGCAUGUGUCCACUUUAUACGUACCGAUAUAUAUUCGACUUAUGCGAGUUGGAGGUAUGCCAAGGCACUCCACAAGUAUGAGAUCGGAGCACGGGUAGUGUCUAUCUUCUCACUCAUCCUGAGAGAUGUGACGUAUGUACGAGGUUAUGCUACCAAGACCAGUAAUAAUGGCAAUUGUGACUUGUCUCGCAUCUAUCAACAGCUUGCAGAUACGUUUUUGAAUGACGGUGAGGGCCGAGUGACACGCCCAUUGCUAAAUAUUAUACAGGGAGGCCAUCAGCUUGUAUUCAACAUAUAUCAUCGUAUGCGUCUGCGGGAGGGAAACGCCGUCCGAAUCUUGAUUCGAGAGUCGCUGAACCUCCUAGUAACAUUAUUGAGACUUCGAGUCAAUGUCUCUCAGCAACGACAAGUGACCGCAUUGUCACCUCUCGAACUAUAUUUACUUGAUAAAACAGGUCGUGGAACGUCUACCGACACUGUACGCCAACUUGGUCUAUAUUCUCGAUACUUUAUUGACUCUGAAUUACCCAGCCUGGCUAUCCAGGCCCUGACGCUGCUUUGCGUGGCAACAAAGUCUAUAGAAUCAGGGCAGUCGUCAUUUUUGGGAUAUUUCGGAAUGGAUGCUCCACAUAUAUCAGCUGCGCUGGUACAGUUUCUAGGAGACGAUUUUUAUGGACCAGAAAUACAAGUUCCAAUAUGGGACUUUAUAACAGCUGUGGUACAAUCUCAGCCAGCCUUAAGCUCCUUAUUGCUAAAAGCUGAAGCCAGUAAAUUCGAACCGUCCCCAAAUCAAGUUUUAGAUGGGACUUCGUCAGUCUUUGGAAGUAGUAGAAGGGCCGAACCAACUACAGAUGAGUUUACCGUCAAGGAAAACACAGCAAUAUUUGCCUUGCUGUUUGUGCUUCAGAACUGGAAGUCGUUUUUGAAGAGACGUCCUCUAGUUGUUGUGGCAGCGUCGGCAUUCAUGGAAAGCUUGUGGCAAGACGGAGCCAAAUAUAAAGGACUUCUCAACAAGCUACGACAGAGACAAUUUGAUGAAUUCUGGCAUCCACUGACGGAAUUGCUCAAGCAUCGACCAACUCCAAUGGUGGAAGGCGUUCAAAUAGCCACUUUGCAACGAGUCGGUAGUCGAUGGGUAUCAGCUGAAGAUGCAUCUGUAAAACGUCAUGCUGCCAGUAUAUUGGUGAAGAGCUACAUAGUUAGGACACUAUCUCGAGACUUGCAGUUAACUCCCUUAAACAUCCCACAACAAGUCUCGGCUAUAUUGAUAAGCACCUAUGGAGCUCGUCCUUUAGUUACUCCACAUCACCCUAUAAAUAGAGGUUCCGAUAAGGAAGAACGACCACCAAUACUUCAACCACCUGCUGCACCUGUAAAUUUAACCAUACCGCUGCCAUUCGAGACGUUUGCAUUUGAUCCAGAACUACAGUCACAGCUACUACACGAAGCAAACCAUUACCCAAAUCAUUCUAUAAACCUAACCGCCGUUCGAUUCUUGACGUGGCAUCCCGAACUGGAUGCACAAUGGCAACCAGGAGACUCGUAUAUGUUUGAUUUAGAUCUACUAGAUGCAAAAUUGACAGCAUCUGAAGCCAAAAAUGACUUUUUAGGUCGAUUAUGUGUAGCGAAUCAUAAUUGGUCUGUAACGGAUGCUCAGCUGACAUUGUUGAAGUCAUGGUCUAAUCUUAUAAAGCUGGCCACCAUUCGUUUACCAGCUCUGUUUGGUGAAACAGACGAGUCGCGUAUGCAGGUCUUGAGUCGCAGUGUAUAUGACAUGUCACGCAAAACACUCGAGUAUUCUGGAUCCGAGUACCCGUACGUUAUAUAUAGAACCAUCAUGUCACAAACGAUGCUGGCCUUGGUCGAUUCAUGGUCUGAGCUUACGUAUACGAAACUCUCUUCCAUGAAGUCACCACUGCCAGGCGCCGAUGCCAAACUCAUUAGAUCAAUGCAUCAGCAAAUGGUUGAAAUUCUCGAUCAGUUAAGUCAAGUAUGGGCCAGUGUUGAGAAUGGUGCUGGCAGUGUACUAGAUGUCGAGGAUGGAUAUGGGUUGAGAUUGCAAACCAUCUUACUAUCUUCUAUAUUGCGAGCCGUCCAAGCUUUGACUGAUGUGACGAGACUUAUAAAAUUGGAUGCUCGACAUGCUAGUCGUGCUGAAGUCAUUCUGAAUGGAUUGAUGACGAUGGCUUGUAAUAAUUCGAGUGCCUUGCUUGCAGGUCUGGUGGCUGAAAAAGAUACUGGGAAAGAUCUCGACGCAUCUCAUACAAAGGAAUUAAAUCUGACGCUAUCUCUAGUCUCGGAAUUAGUACGACACCUGCAAAAUAAUCCAACCGUAAUGGUUACUAUAUUAGAACGAUGCCAAGUCAUACCUAAAUUGUUGCAAGCUCUGGUUGUGAUAUUGUCAUGUCCGGCAGACCAGCAACCAGUGGGUAUAGAAACCAUAUUAUGCUGUCUAUCGACAUUGUCCCAAUGCCCACCAGCAGCUGAAAGAUUAGCAGGACAUGGUGUUUUGGCGGCUUUCACCAAUAAUGCCUUCACUCCUCGUUUGGAGGAAGGGUCAGUGCGUCCGUAUACAGGUGCUCGACUCAACUUGUGGCAUCAAACUUGGUUGUCGAUGUUGACUAUAAUGGCUGAAUGUGUUAUGCAUUUGUCUGAAAGUCUGGACUUUGUACAAAGUGUGGCAGUCUUUGCCAAUCACUAUAGGGCUCAAUUUGCUCAUGCUUUGGCUCCUGGCGGGCCAAAUGAUCAGAUCACGUUGGCUAAUGUCCAAGAAACACGACAUGUAGUGCGCUUCUUUUGGGCUUUGACUGUAUACUCUGUAGAUUUACGUCGAGUUGCCACUGAAGCCAUGCAAGCCAGGUCUCGUGAUGCUCAAUCGCUUGCUAUGGUAAAAACUAUAGUAGACCAAUAUCAGCAAGCGGUUUUAGAGCUACUACCAACAGUAUUAUGGCGAUUCAAUCAUCGUAAACUAGUAGCCUCACAUACAGUUGCCAUCUCAGUAGAAGAAUCUGAGAAGGAUGCUCAAGAUGCUGCCAUACCAAAUCUCCCGAUCCGGCAACUUGUAAACGACGUCUAUAACGAAUAUGUCCUAAUAUCCUACUAUGCCAUAUCUGCUCUAGCAGCCUCAACAGACACCACAUCCGUCCUGUAUAGUAUUGACUCGCAAGCUGAAUGGGACUACUCAAAGCAAGUAAUCCCUCCAGACUUGAUUGAUGGUAGCAACGGUGUAGGAAUAGGAACCUUCAUGGAAAUCUUAGCAGUAUUGAUGGAAUAUAAAGUAAAUGAAGGCAACCUUGGAGGUGAAUGUCAACGGGCUGGUGUCUUGACUCAAGGUCUGGCCUUGAUUGCUACACAGCUUGCCCUCUUCAUGUAUAGUCCUGAUUACCCACCUGAUUUGAAACGACACACCCAGUCUCUGAUCUUCACUGAUUUGGGAAGGUGUAUUGAUACUGUCAAGAAUCGUAUUAGGCUUUCGUAUCAGGCCGCCGUCAGUGAAGAUGUCCGCAAAGAACUUAAGGGCGAAACAGCAAUAGUAGAGGCAGUUGAGAGGUUUGUCAAGGAACGUGUCUUCUUGACUGAAUGA